AUGGUGUUUUCAAGUUUUGUGAAGCAGUUCCACCACACUGAGAAGAUCUCUUUCUUCCAGAGUGCGUAUCCGUUCUUGAAAACCAACAAUUUAACAAAUUUUCAUACUUUCUUCAACACCAGUUGGAGAGGAAAAUUUCCCCAUGCUUCCGCUGCUUCGUCCGGAACUCAUUUUUUGGGCAUCGAUGCCGGCCAUUAUGGCCUUUACUAUUCCAUCUUUAAUCGGGAUGUUGACCGAAGACGAUCCCGUAACGAGGUGCUCAACGUACCACUCACUUCUAAUAUCAUGAAAGAGCUCUACGAUACCGCAUACGACAUUGACCAGUCAUCGCGGUUCUUUAUUCUGCAAACGAAAAAGGACAUCGACAUAAAUAUCGACUACUUGAAGGCUAUCUCCAAGCAAUACUUGGCAUCAUUGGGUCCAAUUGCGACCUCGGUUCAAGUUCGUCAUCUUUCUACGAAAGCUUUCCCCAUAGAAAACGAGGCCGAAGCCCCAGAACAAUUCCAGGAAAAGUCACCGGAAGAACCUCAAAAAUCUGAACCAGAGGCGGAUGAGGCGAUCUCUGCAUCUCUCGCUACUAAUUUGGUCAAUCAGAUCGUCACUGUUUUCGCUAACCAUCAAUCUCCACAAGACUUGAACGUCAUCUACCCUCUCUACCAAUCGCUCAAGAGAAAUGAAAUUACACUCCCUUCCAUCGCCGAAUACAAUAUGGUUCUCAAGGCAAUUGCCGACAGAGCGUUGAACAGUGAAGUGACUAAUGAGGACAUCGAGUCCAAAUUGACUACUUUGUUAACAGUUUAUCAGGAUAUUUUGCAAGCUUCUGUGCACACAAAGAGCGACUCGCUCAAACCUAACGAGGAAACCUUUAAUAUCAUAUUGCGUGAAUUGUUUCAGGGUGCAAAUAAGACAUGGGAGUUGGCCAAAGAUCAGUGCCAUUACGCUCGUCAAACGUCCUUGACUCGCUGUAUGGAAUACUCAAAACUUGGAAUUGACUUGUUCAGAUCAAUUGCUGACAAGGAGUCUCUUAAUCUUGACGACGUACUUCCUGGGCUCGUGCAUCUGCUCAUCAAUCAUGGAGAGCUUGUAACGAAAUCGGUCUUCACAGAAGUUAUGGCAUCGGUACCAAGCUACAAGUCAGGUUCACUUUUUGUCGAUUUGAUCAAAUUGACCAAGUUCGCUCCUGGCCAGGCUGAAGAUGUACUUCGUCAGAUCACGACACUCUAUGAUGAGUUCAAAGCACAAGCACAAGAAGACGAUAGCCUCGUAGCUUUCGAAUACGAAGUGUACUGCGCAAUAAUCGAAACCUGCGCUGAGCGCGGUAACUUGCCAGUAGCCACGAAGUUCUUGGAUACAAUCUUAUUAGACUACAAGACGUCAAAGGGAUCUCACGGAAAGAUGACACAAUCACAAGUACCUUCGAAACAACAAAUUUCCCUCGUCAUGUCUUCAUACAUUCGCGGCUUAUUAAGAAUUGGCGAAAUUGAAAAGGCUCACAACUUAAUUCAUACUUUCAACCAGUUGUCGUACCUUCCAGAGCUUUCAGUCAGCGUACUAAAUGAAACCAUAAAUACCCUUCUUCGCCGUCUUGAAACUUUCACAGACGUCAAUGUCAUUCGCUCGGAUUACAAAAGGAUAUGGAAGCUCUAUCUCAGACUUGCUAUCCGGAAGGAUUACCACACUGAGUCUAACUUGCAGCCAUGUCGUGAGGCUAUUCUAGUGACUACCAUCAAAAUGGGGGAUCACGACCGUGUCUUCCAAUUGAUCAAAGAGAUUCUUCUCAAGAAUCAUCUUAUAAAGGAUAUCAAUGCCAUUCGCAUUUGCAGCAGUUAUUUGUACUCAGGAUACGCGGCCAACCGGGAACAGAAGUACUAUCUUGAUCUUCUCUGGACCCUUAUAGACGGUCAAUCUGAGCACUACCCUGCCGAAAAUAUCAAUGCUUUUCUCUCUGAGUUUGCACCUUGCUUGAUUGCUGAUGCUGAGAAGCACACUUUGGACCUCGUCCUCAAUUCAUCCACGGUGAGAUCGGCAUUCUCGACCUUCAAUUUGCAAACUGAUAAUGUUUACGGUCUUUUCCAGGUGUCGAAGAUGUUAUUUGCUUGCCUCGACCAACAAAGUAUGACAGAUACGGAAAGGUUGAAGACCUUGAGGUUACUUUGUCAACUCAGCAAUCAAUUCACAGAUACUGAGAAUCACUACGUUGAGCUUCAUCCUGAGUUGAUCUCUUUCAAAGAUCAUUUGGCAUCGCGUGUUGUCUCGCUUUUUGAGUCUUGCAAGUCGAUACCUGACUUCCGUAUGACUGGCGUUUUGGCUAAUGCGUGUAGCUCUUUGGAUAUUUCUGUUCAGCUUGCUUCGGAAGACUUCUCAUCCACCCUUUUGGACCAUGUGAAAUACGACAUAGACUUGUCGUUUAUCCUAAACGUUAAUUACAAAGUGGGUGUGUCUCGCUUUUUAAAUUUGUUUAAAGAGGGUUAUGGCUUCAACUACCGCACUUGGAACAUCAUGAUUAAUCUGUCGUUUGUCAGUGAUGUUUUGGAGCGCAAGAAUCCAAUAAGUGCUCAAUCCUUUAUUCAAAGGCUCUUAUCGCUGCAAUUAUCUGUUGAGUCAAAGGCAAUACUUGUGAAGAGGUUGAUCGAAAUUCACAGUGACGCAGUCAAUAUUGCGGUCUCAAAGGAGAUUUCGGCACCCCUGUUGGCGAAAGACAGUCCACUCAUACAAACAGAUGUGUUAUCACUGUUGACUUCGGCACUUGAAGAGAGCCCAAAUUUAUACGCUCGUGGCUUGUUUGGCCAAGUCUUUCCCCUUCUUUAUCGCAUGAACUCAAGCGGCGAAUGGGUCGGCAAGUAUUUCAGCAUGCUAUCCAAAACGAACAAUUUCGAGCUUAUUGAAAGCGCGGUGUUGAGUACCCCAUCAUUGAUGGAGAGUUUGAGUUUGUCGGAUGAGAAUUCCACACUGAUUUUCUCAGCAAUUUUGAAAUAUCAGAUUUUCAACAAAAAUGUUUCUUCGAUUGAAAGUAUGAUUGCAAAGUUGAGUGAAUUAAAUUACCUGAACAAUCCCGAAAUAAGAGAUCAGGUUCAGAACUAUUAUCUCAGCGUUGGUAAGACUGAUUCAGCAUUAUUCAAGGAUGAUUCGAGCUCUUUCUUGACGUUUUACAACUCAUUGACGAACGACAUUGGUUCUGUCAGUGUCCAGAAAAAUGACUUGAAGUCAAUUGUCUAUGCAAUCAUCAGCCAGCGCAAUAACAAAGAGAGCUUGCAAUUGGCUAUGGAUAACAUCAAGGUGAUCUUGAACUCUAAAUCUGCGUUUGUGAACUUGGCCUUGUCUUCGUUUGUGAGAGCUGGUACAAUUAACCAUGACACCAACACAUCCCAAAAGCACUUGGUGAAGAGAUUCGAAGCCUUUUUGCAAUGUCUUCGUUCUUUGAACGUGCGCUCGUUGUCUGAAACCCACUUGAGCAGCAUCAUCCAAUUUCUCACUAUCACGAGAUCGAACGAUCUUAUCAACUUGAUCAUGAACAGAAUGAUCAACAAUAACCAAAUCACCGGCCUCUUGCGUUUUCAGCGCCUAGAAUUUUCCAUUAGCGACUCUUUCAAAAAAUCUUUGGUGGAGCUUCUAAGCAGCAGCACUGCCUUUUUGAACGACUCGCUUAACUCAUUCACGUUAGGAACGUACACUGAACAAAUGCAAGUUGCUCCAAGAGAUUUCGAACAGAGCAUCAGGAGUACGCUAGCAUGA